AGGUGUGUGGUGGAUAACAGAGUCACCCGCGUGGCUUGGCUGAAUCGCAGCAGCAUCCUGUAUGCUGGCAAUGACAAGUGGUGCCUGGAUUCCCGGGUGCUGCUGCUGGCCAACACCAAGACUCAGUACAGCAUCCAGAUACAAGACGUGGAUGUCUUUGACGAGGGCCCCUACACCUGCUCCGUGCAGACGGACAACCACCCCAAGACAUCGCGGGUGCAUCUCAUCGUGCAAGUGUCGCCUCAAAUCACUGAGAUCUCCUCUGAUAUCUCCAUCAAUGAGGGUGGCAAUGUCAGUCUCAACUGCAUGGCCACAGGCAGACCAGAACCCACAAUUACUUGGAGACACAUCUCGCCCAAAGCUGUGGGGUUCGUGAGCGAAGAUGAGUACUUGGAGAUCACGGGGAUCACCAGGGAGCAGUCAGGGGAAUACGAGUGCAGCGCAACCAAUGACGUGGCAACACCUGUCGUCCGGAGGGUAAAAGUCACCGUAAACUACCCGCCGUAUAUCUCCAACGCCAAGAGCACAGGGGUGCCCGUGGGGCAGAAGGGCAUUCUCCAGUGUGAGGCCUCAGCCGUGCCCUCUGCAGAAUUCCAGUGGUACAAAGACGACAAAAGGCUGGUUGAAGGACAGAAAGGGUUAAAAGUUGAAAGCAAAGCCUUCUUCUCCAGCCUGACUUUCUUCAACGUCUCCGAGCAGGACUACGGCAACUACACAUGCGUAGCCUCCAACCAGCUAGGAAACACCAAUGCCAGCAUGAUCCUCUACGAAAUAAGUGAGCCCACAAGCUCAGCCUUGUUCCAAGAAGAGACAACUACAGCCCUGACACCCUGGAAAGGUCCCGGCGCAGUGCAUGAUGGGAACAAUGGUGCAUCAAGAAGAGCUGGCUGCAUCUGGCUGCUUCCCCUCCUGCUCCUGCAUCUGCUCCUCAAGUUUUGACCUCAGUGCUGAUUUCACAGAGUAGCAACCACCACAGCAACAAGAAGAAGUAUGCGAUUUGUAAGAAAAAAAUAUCCUAAUAAUCAAGAGAGUAUAAUUACCAGGAAAUUUGGGAAGAGAGAGAGAAAUCAAAGGGAAUUUUGAAGAAAAAAACCCCAAAAUUUUCUGCUGAAGUUUCAACACGACUGAGUCUUUUUCUUUCUUUUUUUCUUCAACGGGCAACUGUGCAGGUACCGAGGACCAAUGAGUACAUUUGGGUGAGCAGCUUCCCUUCUCACGCCCCCACCACCCCGCUCUAAGGCAGUUGGCUCGGUCGUAUUUUCCCACCCAUCUCUCUCACGGAGGUUUGCAACAUUGGCCACCCAUCACACAACACUUCUAUCCAGAUGCACAGCUUUUUUGAGAUUUCCCUUCCUUUUCAUGAACUGUGCCGCCAUUUGUGUUACUAUAUAUCUAUAGAUAUAUAUAUAUAAAUAUAUAUAUAUAAAAAACAAAAGUUACGACGAUGACAUGGAUGACAAAAGGAAGAAAGCAAACUGAUUGUGAAACAUUUCUUCAUUUUACUACACACGGACAUCAUGGAUAAUAAAGGAUUCUGAGUCAUUAUUAAUUUUAUUAAUUAUAUUUUCUGAUAUGAGCCUAGAACUGUUAGUUCAUAAAAAACAAAAACACAAAAAAAGAGAAAAAAAAAAGGAGAAGAGAAGUAUGUUUAUUAAGCAUUAAAAACACAAAGAAUGAAUAGUGUUCUUCUUAACAAGGUUUAGAAGAGGUGGAGUGUCAGUUUUGUUUGCAAAAUCGGUGUGAAUUAUCGCAUCCUGCAAAAAAACCCCAACAAAACCCCAUGGUUUUACAAACAAUUCCUCCACCAGCGUUACCGGAAACUCCGUCUUCUACUCUGGUGUACGACACAGAAGAUACUGUGCUAUCUACAUACUGUUUUGGAAAUGGAAAGGGUGAUGUUCGCUGUGUGUUGAGUUGGAUGGAUAUGCUUAUUCUUUUUAUGGAAUAUAUAUAUACCGUAUAUAUAAAUAUACAUAUAUAUAUAUUAUUAUUUUUCGUUAGAGUUCUAGCCACAUUAUUUCUCAGCAGGGUCCUUCUGCCAUUACUGCAUGCUGUAUAUGGAGUUAGCUGUGUAUUGGUCUUCUAAGAGAUGAUAGCGUUUAUUGGUAAUUGUGUAAUCAAUUCCUGCAUAUUAUUUUUUUUUUUCCUCCUUCCUUGGGUUAUUUCCAUGUUGGAGACACUGACAAACAAACAGACAAACGAACGGGAAGUUUAACAGCUGCAGCGUCUUUUUCCAAGUCUGGAUAGUCCAAGGGGAAGCCGUUUUGACAAGCGUUCUUCAUUUCCCCUUCUCUACACAGCUCGGGACGUUAACACAACACAAACUUUAAAAAAAAAAAAAAAAGAAAAAAAAAGAAAAAAAAGUUUUAAAGUAAGAAAAAAAUAUAUAUCUCUAUAUAAAAGAAAGUGAAGGAAAAAAAAAAAAACAAACAACCCAGAAAACUAACACCACCUUUGAGUUGGCCAUUGGCUGGUCGUCUGAUUAUGUGUGUGUCUCUGGGAAAAAUUAACUCACUUUAUUUUAUUAUUUUGUUUCCUUCUUUGUGGACGAAUUUGAAGAAAUGCGCUUUACAUUGAGGUCUGGGGAUACUGCCGUAGCUAGGGGCCCUUCAAUGCCCAUGACUCGGCUGGGGGCCACGUGGGGGAGGUUGUCUCUGACUAUACAUUAAAAACAAAGUGUUCCAUGUUGCUCUUCA